AUGAACAUCUGGGGAGGAAUCAUUGGUGAUGAAGUCCACAUUUAUCACUUACCAGAACGUCUCGACUCAGCCGAGAACAUUAGCAGUCUCACAGUCGAGGAGUCGGACGGCCAGGAGAAAAUCAUCGAAGGAGAAUGGAAUGAAUUUCUCAUCAUCCAAGACAAACUCAGCGAGAACCUCCUGUCAACUCAUCAACAUAUUCUUCAGAGCAUCUAUCAGAGGGCUUCAACGCUGAAGAAAAUCUGCCUCAAACUCAUCUGCCAGCUCAAGGGAAUCAUCAAGAAGAGGGAAUCAACGAGUACAUCAACAACAUCAGUACGCCUCAAGGAGGCUCUCAAGGGACAGGCAGCAAAUGUUAUCGACACCUUCACGGUGACCGAUGAGAAUUAUGAGAAGGCUUGGCAGGGGCUAGUGAGGAAAUAUGAGGAUCCCAGACUCAUCGCUCAAGCACUGUUCAAUAGGAUCCUUAACCUCCCGAAGAUCACCAAGGCAACUGCGGAGAACCUCAACGCCAAUGCAGCGAAAGCCCUUGAGACGAGAGAUCAGCUGAUCACUAUGACAGGCUUGUCCAAGGAGAGAGUCAGUGAGCAGAUGAUCGUUCAUCUAUUGAGGAAAUCCUUGUAUGCUGAAAAUCUCAGAGCAUGGAAAUUGAAGCUAGGAGAUUCCAAGGACUUCCCAACGCUGGAGAAGUUCAGCGGCUUCGUUGAAUCCUGCGCAAGAGGAAUCAAUGCUGGAGCCAAGCUGACCACCGAGCCUCUAGCAUCACCAGUCAAGAAGCAAGGAGCAACUCAACGUCAGAGAAAGGCUCACCUAGCAGUAACUCGACAGAAGGAGCCAGGAGACCCCACCAGACCGCUCCCCAAGGAGCACUGUGACUACUGCAAGGGACCACAGUUCAUCGCGAAUUGUCAGAGGUUCGUCGACCUGUUCCCCGUCAAGAGGAAUGAGUUCAUGGUCAGCACAAGGCUCUGUUUCAACUGCUUGGGCCCACAUCUAUUCUCAAAGUGCAGGUCCACCAAGACGUGUUUCAGCUGCAAGCGCAGGCAUCACAUGCUCAUCCAUGGUGGAAACACGUACACCAACGGCAGAGAUGCUGAGCAGGCAGCUCCAGUGGACCCAACAAGUGGAGAAAAUCCACAGACGGUCCAACCAGGAACGAGCUGGGCUGAGUCAUCUAGAGCAUCACCAACACGACUCAUCACCAAUCAGGCGAUCAGUACCUCAAUAUCGCCUGUCAUCAAAGAGCAAAUCACCAAGCAGCCAAUCAUCGAGCAGAGCAGUCAUCAUUCAGUAGCUGAUCAGCAAUAUGUACUUCUAGCAACAGCCCAAGUACGAGCACGAUCUCAAAAGGGCUUCCUUCUCAAAGCAAAGUUAAUCGGAAUACGAGAGACCAACUCCGGUUACACGAGAGGAGCAGUAUCAGUACUGCUUCAAGCAGUCGAUGGACUUCAACAGCAAGUGCAAAUCAAUGCCCACAUAGACAAGAAACUCACCGUCAAGCUACCAUCAUUCUCGUGCUCACCAACGUGGAUCGACCCUCCACAAGGUCUUCAACUAGCUGAUCCAGACUAUCUAAAACCUGGUCCAAUAGACAUCAUCAUAGGGACUGACAGCUAUAGGGGGAUCAUCAAAAGCAGAGUCGUCAGGUCCAGAAACACUCAAUUAGUUGGCCAACAACCAAUAUUUGGUUGGAUACUAUCAGGUCCAAUCGAAUGCAGUGGUUGUUCACCGAGGUUUUCUCAAUCGACCGUAAAGGAAUCUUCAAACGAGCAACUACAAGAGCUUCUUCAAAGAUUUUGGCACCAGGAGGAAUUACCAAAAAAUUCCAACUCAUCAGCAGAGCUAUCAUCAGAUGAAAUCGAGGGUGAGAAAUUCUUCAAGUCCACACACACCAGAGAUGAAACUGGGCGCUAUAUCCUCAGACUUCCUCUACGGACCUCACCAACAGCGCUCGGAGAGUUUAAAUUUAAGGCCUCACGUCAACUCCAGUCAGUUGCACGUCGUCUCCAGACAGACGAAUCAUAUUCUCAGCUCUACAGAGAAUUCAUCAACGAGUAUGAGGCACUGGGACACAUGCGCAAAGCCCCAGAAGCAGCAGAACCCGCCACAGCAUAG